UUGAACCAGUAGCUUUUAGAAGACUGAUCUGAUUGGUAGAUCCGGAAGAAUGUACCAAUUAUAGGCAAAUGGUUGUCCGCUCGUUAUGCCUUCCGAAAAUCAGUAAUGCAUGUGUGAUGUGAUUAAUGCUGAGUACUAUUUUUCUCAAUUUUUCUCGAUUGUCGUACGCAGUAGCACGUAAAAACUUCUGCUCGAACAUGGCGAAGAAAACUGCUCUUUUGUUGAUCGCUGAUGGAUCGGAGGAAAUGGAAGCCGUGAUAACCGCUGACGUUUUAAGACGUGCCGCAGUUGCCGUUACCAUAGCUAAUAUAAAGGAUGAUAACUGUGUGAAAUGCAGCCGUGAUGUUAAGAUCUGUGCGGAUGCUAAACUGGCUGAAGCUACCAAUCAAAAAUAUGAUGUUGUCAUAUUACCUGGUGGCCUGGAUGGAUCUAAAGCAUUUGCAUCUUCGGCGGAAGUUGGCAAGUUACUACGAGAACAAGAAAAGGAAAACAGAAUAAUUGCAGCCAUCUGCGCAGCUCCUACUGCUUUGAAAGCGCAUGGUAUUGCCAAAGGAAAACAAAUCACUUCUUAUCCAGCUCUGAAAGAUCAACUGGUUGAUGAAUACAAAUAUCUAGAAGAUAAAGUAGUAACAGAUGGUAAUCUUAUAACUAGCAGAGGCCCAGCAACUGCUUUUGCUUUUGGCUUAGCUAUUGUUGAGAAAUUAGUCAACAAGGAAGCAGCCAGUACAGUGGCAAAAGGGAUGUUAUACGAAGACUAUAAAUAAACUUGCUCAAAUAGUCUUUAGUUGCUAUAUACAUAUAUAAAAUUUGAAGUGUACAAAUUUGUAAUAUUUUGGUUUGCAGAAUGUAAUUAUUAUAAAAAUA